ACUUGUACAGUCGCCAUCUUGAAAGAGUCUGUGACCUUAAACAUUCGGCCAGCGGCGGUCUCGCUGAAAAUGUUAUCAAGAAGGUUUACCACCGCCUAUAAUUUAGCCCAGACUGUCAGUAGGGAUGCGUUCCGAGUGACCAGCGUGAAGAGUAAUUCGGCAGUGUCCACUGUGCAACUGGUGCUGCCAUCUGGGGCCCGCUAUGAGGAGAGGGACGAACUGGGCAUUGGACAUUUCAUCAGGAGGGCAGCAGAAUUAUCCAAUGGGCAGCGUACUGCCUUUGCAAAUGCCAGAGCUUUAGGAGAAACGGGAUGUUCAUUUUUGGUGACUGGGACAAGAGAGCAUAUAAUUUACAGCAUAGACAGUUUUCAAAAUCAAGAUUCUAUAAAAAAUGCCUACGAACUGUUGUUAGCAAUGACCUUCCAGCCACUGUACAAUGGCUGGGACCUGGCAGCCGCACUGACUCCCAUGCAGUUAGACCUGGCCAUCUUGACCCAUAGAAAAGACAUCCGAGUUAUUGAACUCCUCCAUCAAGCUGCUUACAAAGACACUCUUGGCCAGUCUGUGUAUGCACCUGCUGAGAACUUCAGUAAAUUUGGCCAACAAAUGGCUUUGGAUUUCAUUCAAAGAACAUUUAACAACUUUAACCUGGUGUGUGUGAACACAGAGAGAGACCUGGAGGAACAGCUGGCAGACAUGACCAGUGAAUUCACAGAUAGUGGGGACAAAGGAACACCUCCCAAAAAGGCAGUUUAUAGGGGAGGCACUCUAAUGAAUUCUGUGGUAGGAGAUCAUGCUUAUGCAGCAGUAGCAGUAGAGGGUGCCAGCAUUGGCAGCAAGGAAGCGCUACCAUUGGGUGUCCUGCAGAAGAUCUUGUAUAGAGAGCCUGCCAUGAAGUACACAAGCCCUGGAGGCAGGCUUCCCUCAGCCAUUGCUAAGGCAGUGAAUGACAACUUUAUGUGUGGUAAUCUGAACUUCAAUUACUCAGAUUCAGGGCUGUUUGGGUUUAGUGUAGUAGCCAAUGCCGAGGAUGCUGGAGUAGUGUUAGAGGCUGCUGCAGCAGAAAUGAAGUCUCUCUGUUCUAAAGGAGCCAGUAGUGAAGAGGUAGCAAGAGCAAAAGCAAGCCUAAAGAUGGACACUAUUAUUAAGCAAGAGAACGCCAGAAGUUUUGCAACCAUGGUCACAGAUCAUGCAGAAAAUAACCUACCUGCUCCAACACUGCAAGGUGCCCUAGAAGCCAUUGAUAAAGUCACUGUAGAACAAGUCAAUGAGACUGCAAAGUCCCUAUUGAAAAGAAAACCCACACUAGCGGCAGUUGGCAACACGAUAACUGUUCCAUUUGUAGACGACUUAUUUUGAUGUAUUUAUCUUGUAACAAAUUGGACCAAUUAUAAAAUCUGGCUUCUUAAACCACACAAGACAUUGUACUAUUUGUUUGGAAGACCAGGAUGCCUCAAAGUUACAUUUUGUUUGGUUUGACAAGAGUCCAUUGGACACAUUCAGUGUGAACUGGUUUUUAGAGCAGUAGGGUUGAUAUUAUACAAAAUAAAACUUAAGUGAUAAAAAUGUUUGUUUUAAUUAUCAGUGGAUCUGUUGCUACUGUACAAUGUGCAUAUUUUCAAUGUACCCUAUAAACAUAGGUACUCAUUAAAAUGUAUUAACCUGAUAUUACAUGCUCCAGUCAGAAAGGCUAAUACAAGGCAAAAUUUGUUUAGAGAGAACACUAGGGUUUUACAGUUUUAAUGAUAAUUUUAGAUCUGGGUAUUGAUAUGAUCACUUGACUUGAAAAUGUUCUACACUGUACACUGACAAUUAUUCACUUAUUAAAAAAACUUAAGUUAA